AUGGACUGGAGGCUGGCAACGUGGGCGUGGGCGCUUCUGGCGGCCGCGAUGGUGGCUGGAGUUCUAGGGGACCCCUUGGACGAUCGGAUAAUCGCGAGCGAGGGCAUCGUGCGCACGCUGGCGGACGCCGCCACGGCGCUGUACGCCGACCGCCAGGCCGUGGUGCCGGACUGCGAGUGCUCCGUGCAUGCCUGCAGCAACCAGUUCAGGGCCAGCCUGACCUGCACGUCGGUGCUGGGCCUGAACGCCGCAUGCGAGGAGUCGUGCAGCGUGGAAGGGAAGCUGCUCGACAUGGAGCGCUCUUUGAUUCGCACGCCGCCUGGCACGGAUCCAGACGACCUUAGUUCGGAGCUCAUCGAGUCUAUCUGCACAUUCCACUCGUUAGAUUCCACGUUUGUGGAAAAGGGCCCUGAAGGGAAGUUCACGUGGUCAUACAUUGGCACGGCGACUGGGAUCAUGAGAAUAUGGCCCGGACAACCACGGACACGCGGUCUUGAGGAGGGAAGCUUCGAUGAAACGCUUGGGAAUUGCAGGACGUACGACCCGCGCAUACGUCCGUGGUUCAUCGCCGCGAGCAGUGGCCCCAAAGAUGUCGUUAUCGUCGUGGACACAUCAGGCAGCAUGAUGCUGAACCUAGGCAGGGAGGGCAAGACGCGCUGGGAGGUCACGGAAGACGCCGUGUCGCGGCUGCUGGGCACCUUCGGCAUCGCCGACUUUGUGGGGGUCGUCACCUUCAACUCGGAUGCCGCCGCGCUGGGCAACGCCACCACGCUGCAGCGGUCGGACUCCGAGACCAUCGGCGUGUUCAGGGAGGAGCUCGGGGCCGUUGAGCCCACUGGCGGCACCGACUUCAGGACGGGGCUGGACGUGGCGUUCGACAUGCUCAUCGAGUCGGCCAAAAUUGGCGCCCUGUCGGACAUCGCGCCCACGUCUUUCUGCAACAAGAUCAUUCUGUUUCUCACCGACGGGGAAGACUGCACGCUCAACAGCCGACAGCCGUGCAAGUCCGACAUCGCGCGUGGCAGCCAGCAGAGCGGCAGCGGACCAGACGUGGUCCUCAAUAGGAUAGAGGAAAGGCAGGCAGAGCUCGUGGCCCAGGGCAGCGCUAGGGCCAACAUUUUCACAUUCUCCAUGACGACAGAUGCUGACGACAGGCUCCCGAAGAUGAUUUCUUGCGAGAAUGAUGGCUCGUGGGAGGCCAUUGGGGAGGGAGACGACCCACUCUCCAAGUUCCUGGACUACACCAGGUUCCUGGCGUGGGGUCGGCGCGGCCUGGACGUCAUCUGGAGCAACUUUUACGUCGACGACGGCGGCCUGGGGGACAUGACCACGGCCGCCAUGCCGGUGUACUCCCCGAACACCGCAGAGGGCGUUCCCGGGCUGCUUGUUGCCGUUGUGGGGAAGGACGUGCUUGUCUCGCAGCUGGAACAGGACGACGAAAACUUCCAGGACGUUUUCGACAGGAUCAUCAAGAGGACGUCGACUUGCCGCGUCAGCGAGCUGAAGCCGUGCCAGCUUCAGGUGCUGCGCGGCGAGGCCGCUGAGUGCCCCGAGAGGUUCGACGAAAAGACCUGCUACUUCCUGGCAGAUCAGAAGAAGUUCUACAUAAACGAGACGACGUCGAAGCUCAAUUUCGAGGAGGCGCAAGAGAAGUGCAUCGAGCUGGGAGGCCACCUCGCGGAGAUCCACCAUGAGGCGGAGCACCGGUUUCUGUCGGGAUUGACCACACGCGACGGUUCAUGGAUAGGGCUCCGCCUAGAUACGUCGACAUUCACUUACGUGUGGAGGUGGCUGCAGUCCGGCAGCGAAGUGAAGGCUCCCUUCAAGGCCUUCGGCAACGAGGAGGUCAACAUAACUGACGACAGCGUGAAGGCCGAGAGGCUGUGGGCGGCUCGCGUGAAAGAGGAACAGGACUGCGGGGCCAUCGACAGGCGCGGGCUGGACCGCAACGUUGUGGACGUGGACUGCGACCGCGAGAUGGCGUACAUCUGCGAAUUCGAGGAGGAAAAUGCUCCUCCGGAGUGUUUG